AUGGCCGCUCCGGCCCCGGCGUCCACUCCCGCCCCGGUUCCUUCCCCGUCUCGUGGCAUGGCUAGCCCGUUGCGUUGGGGAGAUGUGUCCUCGUCGAAGGACGAGGGGCUCUACCGCUCGCGCUCCUACUGCGAGGUUCUGCGGAGCUGCUCGCCGCCGUCCGGGCCCUCGUCGCCCCGCCGGUCCCCCGUGCCGGUGCCCCGCUCCCCCGCCUCCCCCACCCCGCGGGUUCCCCGCGCCCUGCGCCGAGCUCUCCGCCGCCCCAAGCUCCGCGCUUGGCCUCCAUCGUCGUCGGGAGGCCCCCCCCCCCCCGACCCCUCGCGGCGGUUGGCAGACCGCGGGCAGCAAGCGUCGCCGGCCGCGGCGUCGUCCGGUCUCCCCGCCUCUCCCCUCCAUGAACAUCCGCCCGGGCUUGCCUCCGGAUCUGGCGGGGCUCUGCUUCAAAUGCCUCAGCGAGGAGCACGUUGCCGGCAUGUGCACCAACGAGCGAGUCUGCCUCCGCUGCCGUCAGCCUAG